UCCAGCGGUCGCUGGUAGCUAUGCCUCGGCAGGAACUGGUUGAACAGCGGGAGCUUCAGCUUCUGAGUCAGUCCCCUCCAACACACAGCUCUACUGACUGUCGGGAUGUGACCCCGGAACAGGACGCCUCCUUAGAAACAACACAGCAUUCAAAUAAAAUCCAAACGACAGAAAGCUGGACCAGGAGAGCGCUGCGGGAGCAGGGGGGAUGAACCGCGAGGAGGCCCCUGGGAAGUCCCCGGAAGAGAUGUACGUCCAGCAGAAGGUGCGGGUGCUGCUCAUGCUGAAGAAGAUGGGAUCCAACCUGACGCCCAGUGAGGAGGCCUUCCUCAGGAAUUACGCCGGCGUGGUGCACACUCAGAUGAGCCAGCUACCGCAGCACCCCAUUGACCAGGGUGCCGAGGACGUGGUGAUGGCCUUCUCCCGAUCGGAGGCGGAGGACCGGAGGCAGUGACGUUCCACCCACCCACCCACCGCGCCUCCGAACCUAACACUGUGGACGGGACGGGAGAAGGGGACGAGCGCCAGGACGGGCAAAGGAGGCAGGAGGAGGGGUGGGGCAGGGUUGAAUCCAUCAUGGGCACUUGGCUCUGCCCUCCCUCCCUCUCUCCCUACCCCUCUCUCUCUCUCUCUCUCUCUCCUUUCUUCUCCUCCUCCUCAUAUGAACUGUCACACUAAUCGCCCUCGCUCCAGUGGUCCCAGGCCACGGUGACGGGGGAAGGUGCCGAGAGAAGAAAUGGGAGAGAACUGUUGUGAGUGCAUAACCAUUUCUUUGGUCAGGAUUUUAGUCAUUAUUUUGUGAGGAUUUUUUGUUUGUUUUGUUUUGUUUUCUGCAUUGUGUAUUAUUGGGGCAGUGUUGUGUUUGGUGUGUGUAUGUCUCCGAGCGUGUGAAUAGACCGACAUUAUCCAUUUGUUCGGUCAAACUAAAGGGCGGAGUGGGGAGGGGGGGGCUAGAUGUCAUUCAAGAGUGUCCUUAGAGGACCGUCAUAUUCUGUUCGUUUGUUGUGAGCGUCGUCUACAGAAUCAGGCAGGCAGACUAGUCAUGUUUUGGUUUUUGUCAUUCGGUUGAAUGAGAAGUACUCUUUGCAUAGUUUCCUUGAUUUCACACUAAAAGCUUAAGUGUUGAGGCACCUACUGUGCUGUCCAUGAUAAAACCGGAUGAGUCUACACGUAAGCAAGCACAUUCUUCCAAAAAAAAAAAUGGUGCAUACAAAUUUCCUCCACAGAAGAAAGUCUUUUCACUGAAAUGUACUGACUUAACCUGUUUUUUAUUGUAUAAACAGUAAGAAAAAUGAAUGACUGUGUGCCAACUGUGUUUUUUAUAACAUUUUAAGAAUCUGAUGAAUGUCUUAGUUCUUAAUUUAUUGUUUCUCUCAUUAAACUCUAACUCCAGUGAAGGGUGUUUUGGUCAAGACACAAGGCCUGAUGGACUGUGAUUUACAAACCAUGCUCAUCACUCUGGUCAUAUGUUUUUCCAAAUUCAAAAAGGAACACACCAGUGCGAGACACACUGUGAUCUAGGCGUUGUGUAGCGUUUGAUCAGAAACCCGAAAAAUAAGUUCCUCUCCUGACUUUGACAUAGUUGUGAGAUGUAAUUAGCAGACUUGUUUGUUGUUGAAACCUAAAGCAAAGCUAAACUGUGCCCUGGGACAGAAGACCAGUCACACUUAUUCAGAACCUCAGCCUUAAAACAUUACGCACACAUGCUUGCACCAAUGGCAAGAGAAGUACGAACAGAGCCCACAAUUACACGUUAGCUACACGGACUCUGUUAUCCAUUCAUUAUUACCCUGUUGUAGUUAUGCCAAUAGCAUUAGCGGCUAAAAGGGAAUAUCCAGAAUAGUAUUCUAAACACCAUCAAAUUGCCCCUGAGACCUCGAACAGAUUAUUGUGUUUGUUAGCUAGUUUUUGAACUGGAAUGUGUCAACAACAAAAAAAACAUAUUUUUUCUUUGUUUUUCUUCUCUCAUCUGCAUUACAUUUUUGUUCUUUUUUUGUGAUGACAUGGCAUCAUGGGCAAUAUUUAAUGUGUAUAAAUAUAUUUUGUUAACGUGCUUAAAUUUAAAAAAACAACAAUUGUAACUUAAUGUUUUAUGAAAUUAAGCAUGCCUGCCUUGUGGUUUUACAAGUGUUUAUUUCAGUAGAUUUGCAAGGAAUCGUGACUCGCUGACCAUCGCUUGUGCAUCCCUGAUGUCUGUGGAAGGGCGUCCUCUUGGACAUCAGAUGUUUUUAAUCAUUGUUGUCGUCCAUUUGAUCUUGUUGGCAAUAAUGGCAGAAAUCCUGAAACUGAAUGUCCUCAGUGUUUAUGGCUAACAACAUAUUCAAUUGUCUCUGCCAGUGACAAGGAAGUCUGUUCUUCAUAUGUUUACUUUUGUUUUUAUUUGUUUCUAAAACAAUUUUGCCUAUGCAUUUUGUCCCUUAAUCAACAGUCUUAGUGUGAUGACAACAGGUUUUGUAAAUUUAGGCCCAGCAUCUCUAGUCCCUGUUAGCAUAAGAAUGUCUGGUUACUUACAUUGGACUUUAAGUCUAUAAUUUUACAGCAUGCUGUUCAUGAUCCUUAGUGCUGUAUAUCUUUUAAUGUGAUGGCCUGAUGUUGCCUAGUUGUCGUUCUUUGGGUUCUAAAAAAAUUUGUUGCUUUUUUGUAUUUUGAUUUUGCUGUUUUUUUUUUUUUUUUUUUCAUUGAUAACUGAUUAGUUGUUUUUUGCUAUAUGGCUGCUGACCAUGUCUUUUGACUAAAUGCUUCCAAAACCUAUACCAACUGAACCAUUAAAGGAAUUUAAAGAUG